AUGCGCCGCCACCGAGACCUCGACCAAACUCACGGCGUGAACAUGGUUCAAGACGCUCUUUGGCUGGCGUCUGAAGUCCAACUACAAGCCCGCGCCCGUUCCACAUCACCAACGACCCGCAGCAGUUCCACUUUGAAAAGGCAAACCGUCGGUGCGCGGCGCUCAAGUGGGCGCGACCGACGUGGAACCAAGAGCAUCAAAAUCCCCACCUUGAUCACCUUCACCAUUAUAUACUUUGUCUUCAUCCUGGAGCCGACGCAUGGUCACGGCACGCCGUUGGAUGGCUUCCGCGUGUGGUUCUUUGGGAAAAGCAGCACGCUCAGUCAGCUUCCCGACUCCACGAGGGUCGAGGCCGGAAAGUUGACAGAGGAGGAUGAGAAGAAACUCAAUGACAGGGCGAAAGUUGAUGCGGAUGUGACCGCGGACAAUUCUGGCGUAGGAGUAGAAGUCAUUAUCAAAAAGGGAAGGGGUAGGCCCCAGGCGAAUUAUGGGUAA